UAGUGUUGGUACCUGGAGCAGGAGGUGUUGAAGUAUCGGCAGGCUGAGUGUGCGAUGACGCCGCCUGGGCUUGGCCGUGCGAUUGGGUUUGUUGCCGAUGUGCUCGUUUUGCCUUCUCAUAUUCUGGCCGCCGAGCAACAACCAAAGCCUGAACCGAAAUCAUUAAACCAGGGCGAUUGUAAAGGCACCAAGGAGAUAUAUACCUGCCUGUCCUGCACUGCAGCCACUUCGACAACGCGAGGACGACUUGUGCGUUGCGGGAGUUUGAUUUCUUCGUUGAUGUGAGGUUGAGAGCGGAAGAGUGAGGACAGCCGGCUGAUGAAUGCAUCUGAAUGUGAACUCAAAGGUGUUGUAGGAUGGGAAUCGGCUUCU